UACCACAUUCAAUCCAAUCCCCAGACACCCAUAGGGGGCGCUAAUCCGCCAAACACACUGCAAUCCACUCCUUUUUUCUCCUCAAUCCUAAAAGCUCCUCCCUUCGGCCCUUCCCACUUCCCAAUCCCAGAUUGAUGGCAUCAUCCUUCAUUUCAUGCCACCACACUUCCUUGUUCUCGCCUUCUACGCUCUUCUAUACUCGCCGCCGUUCUGUUCCGCUGCGUGUCCCUCCGCCACAGUGUUCUCGGAAGAAUUCUUCUCCAUUUCGACUCUCAGUCCGUCAUAUUCAGAGAGACGAAGAAGACGACUUGUUUUCUCCAUUGAAAAAAUGCGCCAUUUCUCUUUUGCUAGCUGCGGGAUUCCUGUUGAGUGGAGCGCCGGGAAAUGCCAUUGCCAGCUAUCCGCCUGCAUUUCCAGAUUUGGCGGUGCUGAUAUCUGGGCCUCCCGUUAAGGACCCGGGGGCCCUGUUGAGAUAUGCAUUGCCUAUUGACAACAAGGCUAUAAGAGAAGUUCAAAGGCCUCUUGAAGACAUCACUGAGAGUCUCAAGCUGCCUAGCCCCAAGUCCCUUGAUUCUGCUGAGAGAAAUGUGAAACAGGCAUCCCGGGCUCUCAAGCAGGGGAUGACUUUGGUUAUUUCAGGAUUGGCAAAGUCAAAGGUCGAACAUGGUACUGAAUUGCUUAGCAAACUUGAAGCUGGUUUGAAUGAACUUGAACGAAUCAUUGUUGAGGAUAAGAACCGGGAUGCUGUUGCACCUAAGCAGAAGGAAUUGCUUAAAUAUGUAGGAGGCUGAGAUCUUCAUGGCGCAUUGGAUUUCUGCAGUGUUGAAGAAGAUAUGGUGGAUGGGUUCCCGUACGAAGUGCCAGAGGAAUACCAAAAUAGGCCUUUGCUGAAGGGAAGAGCAACAGUUGACAUGAAGGUCAAAGUUAAGGACAACCCCAACCUUGAGGAAUGCAUCUUCCGCAUUGUUUUAGAUGGCUAUAAUGCUCCUGUUACUUCUGGGAAUUUUGUGGAUUUAGUUGAGCGGCAUUUCUAUGAUGGCAUGGAGAUUCAAAGAGCUGAUGGCUUUGUGGUUCAAACCGGUGAUCCUGAAGGUCCUGCAGAAGGUUUUAUUGACCCCAGUACAGAGAAGACACGCACGGUACCCCUUGAAAUUAUGGUGAUUGGGGAGAAAAUGCCAUUUUAUGGAUCCACCUUGGAAGAAAACCGAGCAUUAGAACAAGUUUCCGUAUUCUUUUCUCCUUUCAGUAGAAUUUUCCAGGAACUUGGCCUAUUUAAGGCACAAACAAGGCUUCCAUUUAAUGCAUUUGGGACAAUGGCCAUGGCUAGAGAUGAAUUUGAGAAUAAUUCCGGGUCAAGUCAGGUAUUUUGGCUUUUGAAAGAAAGUGAGCUGACUCCUAGCAAUGCCAAUAUCUUGGAUGGUCGCUAUGCCGUGUUUGGCUAUGUGAUAGAAAAUGAGGACUUGUUGGCUGAUCUCAAGGUUGGAGAUGUGAUUGAAUCCAUGCAAGUAGUAUCUGGCCUCGACAAUCUUGUCAACCCGACCUAUAAGAUUGCGGGUUAGAAGUGUGAAAGGACUAAUUUUGUCCGUUUCUUUAUCUCGUUAUGUGUAAGAGCAUUUUUUCACCUUCACAGCAAUGUCAUCAUAUUAAUAGUUAUAGAGAUGAGAGCUAUGUAACGCUAUUCUUUCUUUCUAUAUUUGCUGCCUCUAUUCUGUAAGCACUAAGCAGUGUAAGGAGUGUCUUUAAAACAACACGCUCACUCGCUCAACCGAUUACAGUGUCCUGUAAAGGAAAAUUUGGUUACCUAAGAGGAAAAUUUUGUAUGGAUGCCCCCAUACAAUUCAGG